AGUACAUUUUGUGCAUCAGAUGUAUAUUAAUCUUUUUCUGCCUUUUCCAGAUCAGAAACAAGAAACCGCAUCUCCACACACGUCACUAAAUGAAGACAAGAGAAAUGGAGAUCCAGCUGCAGAAGACGGCCAAACGGAAGCUUCUGGAGCCGGGCCAUCACCUGAUCCCAUCAUCCCGAUCCCAGUCCGGUCACGACGCUCCACUCUGGACUCCCAGUGUGGCCUGCGCUCCAUCCUGCUGCAGGUUCGAAACCUCGGGCUGGGCUACGACUCAGACGAGACCGUCCUCUUCAAGUACUGCAGCGGGACGUGUCCGCACGCUCGAUCCAACCACGACCUCACCCUCACAAACCUGCUGGUAAGCGGGGUGCUCCCUCAGCCAGCACCUGGGGAGCUGUGGCACAACGCGCCCUGCUGCAGGCCCACCCACCACGAGGACAUGGCCUUCCUGGAUAACUCGCACCGCUGGCACAAGGUGGAGAAGCUGUUGGCCGCGGGGUGCAGCUGUGUUGGCUAGACGGCUGAGCGUAGACGGCUGCAGGAGGAGGGGGGUGUAUGAUGGUUUGUGAGGACAAGGUGAUUCUAAUGAGUUCACUGGCAUUGAAAUGUCUGUUUUAUUCCAAACAUACUGUUGAGGAAGCUAAAACGUAUGAAGUUAUUUAUGUCAAAAUCAAUACAAAAUUAAGCUAUAUUCCUCUACAGACCUCAUAAAUUCAUUUUUGAUAUAAAUGUUUUGACUUUAACUGGUGAUCUAACGGGCCUUAAUAGGAUUUCGAAUGGUAUUACUUUUGGCAUUUGCAAACUUUAAAAAAAACUACUCCCAUAGCAGUCAGGCUAUAAAAUUACAGCUGCUUUUCUUAGUUCAUGAACAGUUUGCAUUCUGGAAAAGGGAGUUUUCAUCUGACGUUAGCAAUAAAUACAUAUAGGGGAUUAGAAAUGAGCUCUUUAAAUGUAAAUACUAUUUCUUAAAUGAAAUAAUUGUUUAUAUCAACUGAUUCUGCCCUUUUCCCAAUCUUGAUUCUCUCAAGAUUUUUUUAAAGCAGUCUAAAAGCUCAAACUGAACAGAGACAGCAUUCUACUUCAAGCUACUUGACUUUUUUUUGUAAAUAAGCUGACAUGUAUUUAUUGAAAAUCUUCAGUGCAAUUUUUGGGGUUAACAGUAGAAUGGAUUAAUGUAUGAAGCUGCGUAAAUACACCUUGUGGUCCGACAAACGCAACGGAGUAAAGUUCUGUACAGGUCAGACUUAUUCAUCAACAGUCCAGCUACAGUUUAAAAAAA